CGGACCCACUUAAUCAGUCUCGAUUCGGACGCAAUGACAAACGCAGGUCGCGGUGGUUUCCAUUCGGCGGUGGUGUCGUCGGUGCUUCUCGUGCUUUUUUUGGCCAUUCGGUGGAUUGAUGCCCGUAACUCCCAGAGCCUGCACGUGCGUUUGCCACAUGGUGGCUGGCUGAUCGGUCGCCACCUAACCACCCACAAUGGCCGGCACAUGCAAGCAUUUAUGGGCGUUCCCUAUGCCGAGCCUCCGCUGGGCGAUCUCCGUUUCCGUCCGCCAGUGCCCAAGGCGGCCUGGGAGGGCGAACGGUUGGCUGUGAAGGAUGCCCCCAUCUGCCUGCAGCGCGAUCCCUUCCGCCGUGAUAUGAUCAUCGAGGGCUCCGAGGACUGCCUGUACCUCAAUGUCUACACUCCGGAAUCGCCGAAAGUAAAUGGUUCCCUGCCCGUUAUGGUCUGGUUCCAUGGCGGCGGAUGGCAGUGCGGCGCCGGCAUUAGUAGCUUUUACGGUCCCGAUUUCCUGCUGGAUCACGAUGUGGUUUUGGUCUCGGCCAACUUCAGGCUCGGCCCAUUGGGAUUCCUCAGCACGGAGACCUUGGAUUGUCCAGGGAACAACGGCCUGAAGGAUCAACUGGAGGUUCUUCGCUGGGUUAGCGCCAACAUCGCUUCUUUUGGCGGCGAUCCGAAGAGUGUUACGGUGUUUGGCGAGUCCGCGGGGGGAGCCAGUGUCACCUACCACAUGUUGUCGCCAAAAUCCAGGGGUCUGCUGCAUCGUGGCAUCGCCCAGUCGGGAACGUAUUUCAAUCCGUGGGCCCAACCUGCCCACAAGGGCGUGGCUGUCGGUCGGGCAACCAAGUUGGCCGAGUUGGUGGGUUGCGGUUCCCUCGGAGGAUGGCCAGAAAAGCUGCAGUGCCUGCGGGAGAAGCCAGCGGAGGACAUUGUCGCCUCCUUGUACGAUAUGUUUGUCUGGGACUUUGAUCCGAUGAUUCCCUUCCCGCCGGUCAUUGAGCCGGAACACGAGGACGCCUUCUUGACCGUACCGCCUCGCCAGGCCCCGCCACCACACGGCCUCCAGCUGCCACUGAUGGUGGGCGCCACCGCCGAGGAGGGUCUCCUUAAAACAGCCGCUCUGCUCAAUCUGCCACAUCUCAUGGCGGAGUUUAAGUCGCAGUUCGACCAGGUGCUUCCAGUAGUCCUGAACUACGACCACCACGAGGAUUCAGUGAAACAGAGUAUAACGCAGCGGAUCGAAAGCUUCUACUUCAAAGCGGGUCACGACUACGACAAGGCCAAUCACCAAAAUCUUACAGAUCUCAUCUCGGAUGGAUGGUUUGUGGCCGGCAUUGACGAGUACCUCCGCCUUCGCAUGUCCCAAGAGGAUGUGGCCCCCACAUAUGUUUACCUGUUUGACCAUAAAGGUGCCGCCAGCUUUUCGGAGAUCUUCAAGGGCGAACGAAACGAGUUCUACGGCGCUUGUCAUGCAGAGGAACUGCAGUACCUCUUCCCCAUUGGCCGCGAGCUUUUUGUAAGUGCCGUGCCCACAAAACAGGAUCUACAGCUGCGGGAACUGAUGCUCCAACUGUGGGUUAGCUUCGCCACAACUGGCAAUCCGAAUCCCACGAAUGUGACCACUAGCCUGCCCGUGUGGAAUCCUGCUUCCAGCUACCCAGUGGAGUACGUUCGACUAGGCACCAAGGCGGAUGACCAGGUGGCCGCCACCAAGGCGUCGCUGUUCAGGCUAGAAAACGAAUUAAUGCAGCAGCGCGUUGAUUUUUGGCGCGACUUGAAGCCCCAUUUGCCCGCCAGCCACGUCCACAAUGAACUGUAGUCCCAAGACGCUAAUGUAUUAUUAUUAUUUUUUUUCAAUCUGUAUUAUUUCAUCGGUGAAUGGAAGUACACCAAGCAGAAAAAUAUUAAAUCAAAGAAAUACAUUUUAAAGAGGCUUUUCCUUUAACGGCGGUAAUGCCACAAUGGAAAGCUUUAGUGC